CAGUUCUGCGCUGGGAAUCGCUUCCUCGCUGUCUCAUUGAUGUGUGACGUGGUUUAAGCAUGUGAUAAGUUUGCGUCUUGGCUCUUGCACUGAACAGAGUAUUGGGAGCGGACAGUCUUAAACUUUUUGAGACUUUUGUUUUGCUUCCCUUAAACCACAUCCAAGGCAUGCCUUCCUGGAUUCGAACCGUGGAUGCCAAAUAUGGUGUUGCCGUGUGGAAUUUCAAAGGGACUCAUGAGCAUCAUAUCCCUCUCCAAAUCGGAGAUACAGUCAAUAUCCUCCAAGCUUGUGAAGGUUGGUACAGAGGAUAUUCCUUGAAGAACAGAUCUGUUACAGGAAUAUUUCCUGCCUCAGUCAUUCACAUCAAGAAUGCAGCUGUUGAGAUCAGAGGUAAUCAGGAGAACAUUGUCUCAAAGGAGAUGCCCCUGGUGCAAGAAAUCACAACCACCUUGAGGGAAUGGUCCAACAUCUGGAAACAGCUGUACAUGACUGGUCAGAUUUCCAAGUUUCGGCAAGUUACUUCAAUGAUGUGCGACUUAAUGGACAGGAGAUCCCAACUUCUGUCAGGAACACUGCCACAGGAUGAACUGAAGGAACUGAAGCAAGAAGUCACCACAAAAAUAGACUUUGGCAACAAGAUGCUGGAAUUGGAUCUUGUGGUUAGAGACGAGAAUGGAAAUAUUCUUGAUCCGGAUCAGACAAGUAUCAUCAGCUUAUUCCGAGCACACAAGAAGGCUACCCAUCACAUCACAGAAUUAAUGAGGGAGGAGACGUUUCAGAACCAGAGUGAAUACAAUCGGUUUGCUCGCUUAACCUCUUCGCCCACCAACGCUCUGUUCAUCUGGGUCCGCAAUUUUGUCUGUAAAAUUGGAGAGGAAGCUGAGCUCUUCAUCUCUCUAUAUGACCCUCAGGAGCAGAAGAUAAUCAGUGAAAACUAUUUAUUCCGCUGGGCAAGCACUGGCCUACCAAAGGAGAUUGAGAUGCUGAAUAAUCUAAAAGUCGUGUUCACAGAUCUAGGAAGCAAAGACUUAACUCGGGAGAGGAUUUACUUAGUGUGUCAGAUAGUCCGAGUCGGGAGAAUGGAGCUGAAGGAAACUAAUGCCAAGAAGAUGACUCAAGGUUUGAGAAGGCCAUUUGGAGUUUCAGGCACUGAGAAAGGAGCAAAUAAUUGUUCACAGAAAGAGGAUGAAGUCAUGACUAUUGAGAUGGAAAACAGAGAGUGUGGAAGUGCUGGUGAACGGGGAGGUGUAGUCGAUAAUGCCAUAUGCCAAGGGGCCGGAGAUAAACCUGUCACUUAUUACCAAUCGGUCGUUUACUACCAGCUCAAGCAACAACGCUGGAUGGAGACUGUCAAGGUCACUAUUCCCAUCGAAGAUGUUCAGAGGACUCACCUUCGCUUCACAUUUAAACACAGAUCAUCUGCUGAAUCGAGAGAUAAAGGAGAGAAAAUAUUUGCUAUGGCGUACGUGAAACUAAUGAAACCUGAUGGAACAACCCUGCGAGAUGGAGACCAUGACCUCAUCUUGUAUAAGGGCGACAGCAGGAAACUCGAAGAUGCCACCAUCUACCUGAACAAUGUGUCCAGUAAACAGAUGGCUGAUCCCAAGCUGAAUCUGGGUUCUUCGUUCAGGAGCAGUAGCAGUGGACUGCCCACAUGCUCGAGGGACAGCUUUCAGAUUUCCACACUCGUCUGUUCGACGAAACUCACACAGAACGAACUCGACAUCAAAUCCACAAUGGAGGAGUGUAGUAAAGGUAUCGACUCACUUCUCAUGGGCAAAGCUUCAGGUGCUGACGCUAAACUGCCUGAACUCAUUGAGCUCGGAAAGUCAGAACUCCACAGGAUCUGCACAAACUUCAAUGCCUGUGUUGAGGAAAUGAAAUCGCUAUCAAAUGCCAUCAUGAAGCUCGCCAACCCUGUCAGCAGAGCUGGCCUAUUUAAGCUGCAGGAGAAAAUUGCUUGCCCACCACAACUGUUCAGCAUGAGCUCCUCUUUCCACGGUAACAAGACAGGUGAGGCCAACUGCGACAGGACAACUUUGGAGUCCUUUGAGAUCCGCAACAGGGUCAAGCAGUGUUGUGUUUUAGCACUGACACUCACUGGCAUGUUUUUCUCUGUGCUGCUAAUGUCUGCAUUCAGGGCAUCUCUAGGGGGUUUUACACACAUACUGGAGCUGGUCAGCCUUGCCCACCUGAGAUAUGUGGCAACUAUUUGCCAGGCAGUUACUGUCUGUUGCCACUUUCUCUGUAGUGUUCCGUACGAAGGAACACCUGCAACAGUGUUUCUUAUUGGCCUGAUAGCAGACAGGAAAUUCCAACACUUCAAUGCUGUCCUUGAAGCUUAUAUCCGGCAGCACUUCAGCGCCACCUUGGCUUAUAAGAAACUAUUGUCUGUGCUAACGGACUACGUUGACAAUGCAAGCCGUGGUUUGGAAUGUGAGCCUCUGAAGCGAGCCUUCAAAGCAUUAGAAUACAUUUUUAAGUUCACAGUCCGAUCCCGAUGUCUUUACUCACAUAGCCGCCUGUUACAUAGUUUCAUCAUGAACCUUCUUCCAGAUCGGCUGGUGAAGCAGAAACUACAGUCAAUGACUGCUAUUGUCAACACUGAACUCUUUCAAAGAGAAGAAUGUCGAGCUAUCCUGUUGUCAAUAAUGACCACCACACUGAAGGACCUGAUUCAGAAAAGGGAAGAGGAAGAGGCUUGCGUCGAGUUGCUCAGCAACAUCCUGGAAGUUCUCUAUCAGCGGAACGUGGGAAACACUAAUCAGGAUAUUCAGGACAUCAUGGACAAGCUGCUUCGGGCUGUCAACCAGGUGGUUAUCAUACUCGGAAGAGAUCACAGCCUCAUCAGUAAUUUUGUGGCCUGUAUGACAGCUAUUCUCAGCCAGAUGGAGUACGCACAUUAUGCCAGCUACAUCAAUUCCUUCCAGACACGCCAAGACCUCAUGGACUUCCUAAUGGAGACCUUCAUCAUGUUCAAAGACCUUAUUGGCAAGAAUGUGUAUCCUCCUGACUGGAUGGUGAUGAGUAUGGUGCAGAACAGGUCAUUUUUGUCAUCCUCAUCAAGGUUCUCUGAGGUGUUGAACAAUAAAACUUCACAUUUCCUCACUCAAGUAAACCUGGAAUUGCAGCUUUGGAACAAUUACUUUCACCUCACCGUGGCCUUCCUAACACAGGAAUCUUUGCAACUGGAGAACUUCUCGAAUGCUAAGCGUACAGCUAUCAUAUGCAAGUACGGAGAUAUGAGAGGUGUGAUCGGGGCUGCAAUCCGGGACAUGUGGUACAGUCUUGGCCAGCACAAGAUCCGCUUUAUUCCAGGAAUGGUGGGCCCAAUCCUGGAGAUGACACUUGUCCCCGAGGUAGAACUCCGCAAGUCUACAAUCCCAAUUUUCUUCGACAUGAUGCAGUGCGAGUUCCAGUAUAAGGGGAAUUUCAGAACGUUUGAGGAUGAAAUUAUCAAAAACCUGGACCAUGAAGUGGAAGGCGGUCGAGGAGAUGAGGAAUACAAGGAUCUCUUUAAAGAUAUCCUAUUGAAACACUGCAAAAUAUAUCACUACCUGGAAAAGCAAGGUGAAGUGUUUGUUGCCUUGGUAACUGGCCUGCUGGAAAGGCUGCUGGACUACAGGACUGUAAUGAAUGAUGAAAACCAGGCCCACAGCAUGAGCUGCACUGUAAAUCUGUUGAAUUUCUACAAGGACAUUGACCGAGAGGAGAUGUAUAUACGGUACAUGUAUAAACUUCGGGAUUUGCACGUCUUUCAUGAGAAUUUCACAGAGGCGGCCUACACUCUCCUCCUGCAUGCAAAGUUGCUGAAGUGGACCGAUGACCCAUUUGCCUCGCACAUCCAGGAUUUCCAAGGCUUUCAGACACAGCGGCAACUGAAGGAGAACUUGUACAAUAAAAUCAUCGAAUACUUUGACAAGGGCAAGAUGUGGGAAGAAGCCAUUCAUCUCUGCAAGGAGCUGGCAGAACAGUACGAGAUGGAGAUCUUUGAUUAUGAACUACUGAGUGAGACCCUGCAACGGCAAGCCAAGUUCUAUGAAAAAAUCAUGAAAGUGCUGAGGCCCAAGCCCGACUACUUUGCAAUCGGUUACUAUGGACAAGGCUUCCCAACCUUCAUCCGGCCACAACAGUACUGCCUCUCGUGUUCUUUUCCUUCACCGCAACCCCCAACAGUUGUUCAUUGCUUCACCGUGCAACCAAUCCUGGGAGAACAGCCACAGUUUCACAACAAGAAUGUCCCGGAGCAGAUUGUGGGCUUCUUCAAAGCUAAUAACGUUUCAAAAUUCAGCUACUCUAGACCAAUCAGGAGAGGGCCGAAGGACCCAGAGAAUGAAUUUGCUUCCAUGUGGAUUGAGAGGACCACAUUCACUACGGCAUACAAGAUGCCUGGCAUUCUCCGCUGGUUUGAAGUUGUGCAAACAUCAAUGACUUUUGUUAGCCCAUUGGAGAAUGCCAUUGAAACGAUGCAGGCCAGCAAUGAUAAGAUACUAACCAUGAUCAACCAACACCAUAGUGAUCCCAACCUUUCCAUCAACCCUCUCUCUAUGCUUCUGAAUGGGAUUGUGGACCCUGCUGUCAUGGGUGGAUUCGCCAAAUAUGAAACAAUCCCAUUGCUGGAGGAAGGGAUCAGAGUUCAUGGGAAGAAGGUCACUGAAGCUCUGAAACCUUUCCACGAUCGGAUGGAGGAGUGCUUUACCCAGCUCAAAACGAAGGUGGAGAAUGAGUAUGGAGUGCGAGACCUGUCCCUUUUUGAGGAGAGGCGAGGAGGAGGAGGUGGAGGAAGUCGCCCUCGCUCCAUGAUCCGAUCAUUUCGGCCACUGUCUGUGAUCUCCUUGAGUUCCCUGAGUUCUUCAAGCUCUGAUAAAGAAUCACCCAAGGUGCCUGGAGAGAGUGCGGCCGAGCCACCAUUGCCAAAGAAGCAGAGCUCCCGUUCCCAGGAGAAAUCGCAGGACAGUGGGUUGAAAGAUUUUGAGGAGAAGAAGUUCACCAGGAAGGAGAACAGAGUCAGCGGGCUGUUCGCCUCCAGAAAGUUAUCUGUGGCUGCUCCUCCUCCUCCAGACAUCACCGAGGAGCCUUCACGAUUGUCACACUUGGUGGGCAACACGAGAAUGGUGGAAAGCAAUCCCAAUUCAGAACAGCCUGCUGAUGAAAACAUUGCAAGUCCAGCAGGACAACGAGAACUGGACACAGUACUCCAGAAGAGGCCUCACCAACAUCCUGUACAAUCUCAACAUGAUGCCCCAACUCCUCUGCUCAAAGGACUGAGCAGUGAAGGACAGGCCUUUACUGUACUCAAUGGUUUCGGUGGACGGGUAAAGAGUGCCAGGCCUCCCCCAUUGCCAAAGAAAAUUAACCCUCUGCUCCUGGAGAAUUUCAGCCAGGAUCAGGGCGACCCUCUGAGUCUCCCCAUCCACCAGGGGUCAGCUAAUGAGCAGUUCCAGAAUAAGGCUGCCUGUCUGCCAACGCCAGAUGACACCAAAGGCCCUAAGUCUCCACCGCCUCCUCCACCACCAAAGAACAAGAGACUAGUCACUCCCUCCCACAGCUGACCGCACACUCCGUCCAGACCAGAAGAUGCUUUGCCAAUCUCAAAGCAAUGCUCAGGGUGUCACAUGGUCAGGCUGGUAGAAUGUGUUACCUCACAACAGGACCAGUGCAUGACCUCCAUACAUCUGCACCCCCCCACUUUUUGUCGUCAUGUAUUAAAAUUGAUUUCCGCA